AUGAUAGGUAAUGGAGGUAGGAAAAUCAUAGAUAGUAUGAUAGAAAAUGGUUUGAAUGUACUAAAUGGCAGGAUUAAUGGAGACUGGGAUGGAGAGUUUACCUAUGUAGGAGCAGGGGGUAGUACGGUAAUUGAUUACGUGUUUGUAAAUGAACUUAUAGUUGAUAAGGUUACAGAAUUCAAGGUUGAGGAGAGAGUGGACUCAGAUCAUAUGCCGGUGUGUCUGAAGAUGGAAGAAACGGAAGAGGAAGAAGAAAGAAGUGGCAGACAAAGACUGAAGUGGGAAAAGCAAGAGGAGCAAGUAAUUAAAAAAAAGAGGAUAUGUUGGGAUCCAGAAGCAAUAGAGAGAUAUAAAGCCAAAACAGAGGACAUUGGUUGGACCGAGGGGCAGGAAGAGAUAAGCCUAGAUAGGAAAUGGAAUAAUUUAAAGAACUUAGUACAGGAAGCGAUGACAAAAAAAGUUUAUAAAAUAAAAAAAAGGAAGAUAGGACACAAGGAUUGGUGGGACAAAAGCUGCACAAGAAGAAAAAGAGAGGUAAAGAAAACAUAUAGGAAAUGGAGGAAGAGUUUAGUGAGGAGAGAGGUUUAUAUUGAGCAAAAGAAAAGUCUGAGACUACACUUAGACAAGAAAAGGAAGGAAAAAAGAGAUGAAGAGGAAAAAACCCUGAAAAAGCUGAGAACGGAAUCAGAAGUGUGGAACUUCAUAAAUAAAAAAAGAAAAAGAAGAGAAUGGAAGGAAGCUAAUAUAAACUUAGAGGUAUGGAGAAGGCACUUCAUGAAACUACUAGGUGGAGAGGAGAAGAAGAGGGAAGAGGAAGAGACGGAUGAGGUAGUGAGGGAAAAUCGAGGAGAGGAAAAACAACCGGAAGAAUUGGAGCAAAGAGAGGAACCAAGAGAAGAACCAAUAGAAGAAGAAAUAAUAAAGGUGGUCAGAAAGGCAAAAAUGAAGAAGGCUGCGGGAAUCGACGGUAUCCCCAUGGAAGCAUGGAGAUACGGAGGAGAGGCGGUAAAGAAGGGUCUGACAGAGAUGAUAGAGGAGGUUUGGAAGAGAAUGAAGAUUCCAGAGGAAUGGAGGAAGAGUAUCGUGGUGCCAAUAUAUAAAAGAGGUAAUCAGGAACAGGCAGAGAAUUAUAGAAGAAUAUCGCUAUUAUGUACAGCUUAUAAGAUAUAUGCAGAAAUAAUAAGAGAGAAAUUAGAAAAAGAAGUAGAAGAAAAAGACUUGCUGCCGGAAAGCCAAGCAGGCUUCAGAAAAGAAAAGUCUACUUUAGACAACAUAUAUGUGUUGAAUCACGUGGUCCAAAGGGAAAAGGAAAAGGAGAGAGGAGAAAGGAAGGUACAUGCACUGUUCAUAGACUUAAAGGCGGCGUUUGAUAAUGUGGACAGGAAAAAGCUGUGGAAAAUACUGGAAAAGAAAGGAAUAAGUGAGGGAUUGAUAAAGAGAAUGAAGAAUAUUUAUGCAGAAACAGAGGUAAUGAUCAGAACAGAGAAAAGUCUAAUUAAGAGCUUCUUGGUUAACAAAGGUGUAAGGCAGGGAUGUGUUCUGAGUCCCACCUUAUUCAAUCUAUACGUAGCAGAUUUGGAGGAGGAACUAAGAGAACAAGAACAUAGGAGGUGUAACAAUAGGGAAUCAUAG